AUGGCAAACGAACGGCCGGCUGAUCAUGCCAGUGACGACGAAGAAGACAACGCCGUCAGACAAGCAAAACCAAAACAGCACGACGCCGGCAGAUCUGACCUCGAAGGAAUCAGAGACUUCCGCGACGAAGAAGUGGAUGUUGGUGCCAUCGACACUUCCAUGCUGAUCAGCAACCACAACAACGCAGAGGCACAGAUCAAGAUAAAGCUGAAUAAAGAAGAUAUUGAUAUGAUAGCAAGUGAGAUGAUGGUCUCGGUUACUGUUGCUGAGAAAUGUUUGAGAGAUCACAAGGGGGAUGUUAAGUCAGCACUUGUUUAUUUAGUCAACUGUUAG